AUGACGACAAAGCAGCGUGGGGAUGCCAAAGAAACAAGUGCUUUUGCAUGGAAACUCUUGCAGGACGCGACCGAUUGCGGCGCAGAAGGAGAGAGCAGUUCGUGUGGACGGAGCUGGGCACGGCAGAGUGUGAAUGUGCAAUCAAGCGGCCAAGGGAAGCACAUGGACAAAUUGUGUGGGCGUGUGAUUCACACGGACGCCAAAUAUCCUACGGCCAGGCCCUUCUUUGGGCCCCCCAACUCGCUCUCCCCUCCCCCAAUAUUAAUCUGCAGCUUACUCACUCGAUUGUGUAUGCAAUGUGUUGCGCCAGCCUCCCCCGAUCGGCGAUGGACUGCUGAAGGAGGACAGAUUGUGUGCCACGCUCUGCGAGUGGGCCAAUCAGCGCGAACGAGGCGGUUGAAGAGAGUUUCGCUUCAUGUUGCUUCGGCGCGGGUCGGGCAAGCCGAGCCAACUUCACACCUUCUGCAUGCGUCGAGCAAAGUAGACGGUGCUUGGCCAGCCCAAGUAUGCAGCAGGUGGGCCGGAGGUGUGGCAGUGUGA